UGCAAGGCAAUCACAAACAACGGUAAAGGGAAGAAGUGAGAGAAGCAAAAGCAACAACAGAAACAAGAAGAGCAGCAAGCGUGCUAUUGUUUUUGUGUAAAAAAAAAACCACAACCAAAUUGUUGUUAUAUCAAAUUCUUGCAAGGAAACGGGCCGAUCACUCACUUUUUAGGUGAACUUUUUAAAGCAAUAUUAAUAUUAUUUCUGUGAGAGAAAACAAAAAAUCGGAACAGUGAAGUAAAUAAAUUCCAACCGGUAACUUUAGUUGAUGGAAGAGGCGGAGGAGAAGCAGCGUCAUGGACACCAUCUGUAGGCUCUGCUUUCAAACAGCAACGUUAUUCCAAGUGCCCGGCUAUAGCAUACCCACGUGCGUACGCUGCUCUGAACAGCUGACAAACAAUUCAAACUUCCAUCAAGCAGUGCGGGGGGCAGAAGGUGCUCCGACUGCUGUUUCCGUAUCGGCAGCCGUUGCAGCAGCCGCUGCCGCCGCCGUCGCAUCGUCAUCGACGUCCAGUGAUAGCGACGUUGCUGCAGUGGCGCAGCAGCUGACGAACGGCAGUAAUGCCGCUGCCGUUGCAGUGCUGCAGCUACACCAGCAGCAGCAACAUCAACAGCAACAACAAAUACAAUCAUCGAGCUCUUCCGAGAAUCUACAAUCGCAGGACGAUUCCGAAGAUGUGGAUCUGAUAUUCAACGAGGAGGGCUCCUGCCCCUUGUGCAACAAGACGUUCUCGCGCAAAUCCUCGCUGAUGACGCACAUACGGAACCACUCGGCGGAGCGUAAAUUUGUAUGCACCUACUGCAACAAAGGCUUCACCCAGGCGGCCAAUCUGCGGAAUCAUGAACGGAUCCACACGAACGAUCGUCCAUACCAGUGCGUCGACUGUGGCAAGACCUUCACACAGAUCACGAACCUAAAUAAUCACCGGCGGCUGCACACAGGCGAGCGGCCCUUCGUCUGCAAUGAGCCCGAAUGCGGACGCAGUUUUGCCCAGGUGACCAACCUCAACAACCACAUGAAGUCACACCACAAGGUGCAGCAGUACUGCUGCAACGUAUGCAACAAGAAGUUCACGCAGGUCACCUCACUAAAUCAGCACCUGCAGGCGCAUGCCGGCGUCAGCGGCUACUAUUGUCCGCGUUGUCCCGACAAGAGCUUCAAGCAGCAGUCACAGUUGCACACGCACAUGAAGUCGCACGGUCUGGCCUUCCCCUACGAGUGCGGCAAGUGCGACGAGAAGUUCCUGCAGCAGGCCCACCUCGACCAGCACCUCAAGAUGCACGACGAGUUCAAGUUCAAGUGCGACAUCUGCCCGAGCAGUUUCAACCAGGAGUCGCUGCUGAAGAAGCAUGUGCAGCGGCAUGUCGAGGGUCGGUAUCUCAGUUGUCCGGUGGCCAACUGUACGGAAUCGUUUGCCGUACGCCAGCACCUGUCCAAGCAUUUGCUCACAAAUCACUCCCAUCACGAGCUACCGCCGCCGAAGCGCUCCAAGAAGACUGUCACGUUGCAGUCGCCACAACAGCCAUUGGCGAUGAUCGGCCAGCCGCUUUCGCUGCAGCACACGACGGGACAGCGUGGACGUCCGCCGAAGAAUAAGAACAAGACGACCGGCACCUUGGCCGCCACGGCUAUUAAGAUUGAGAUCAAUGAGCCUCUACACAGCCAGCAUAUCAUCAGCAGUGCCAGUGGCCUUUCCAUCCAACAGCAGAUCAACCAGCACAUGCAACAGCAGGCGCAACAACAGGCGCAACAGCAGCAGCAGCAGCAGCAGCAACAGCAGCAGCAGCAUCUACAUCUGUCCAUGGGUCAGGCGGUCAAGGCGCGCUUCAUACCCACCAAGUAGAUGGAUGAUUUUCGGUCUCUCUCAUAGCCAGCCCCCUCCUGCACCAGUCCUCGCAGUUGCUUGAACUCCGCCAGUAGCCAGCGCCAUAGCCCGAAUACAUAUCCUUCCCAGUUUGCUAUUAAUCCAUAUGUAAAAGAUACAUAACAUAGAUACACGAUUUGUGAGUCCGGCGGCAAGCUGCUGGUUCGGUUUGGUGUCCGUCUCCCAACCGCUGCCCAACCAAAGCAAUAGACAAGCCAAAAUGCACCACAUAACAAAAAAAAGAGGAAAAAGAGGAACAAACAACAAAAUCGCAUGAAUGCCGCCGCAUACGUUCGGCAGGCAGCUCGAAGUUAAAAUACCCUUUGCAGUAACAAGUAUUUUCAAAACCCAAAAAAACGACAGAAAUCUGUUCCAAGCCACGGUUCCACAUAGUUUUUAGAUGAUAUAUUUUUUUUUGUAAUUUUUCGAUUGGAAAUUUAAUGUGAAUGAAUUAUUUUAUUCACAUAUUGAAACCAUUCUGUAAUAAUUCGUAGGGCUCAUGGCCUCUACCCCCACACACCACACCCUGCUGCAAAAGGGUAUUUGCAAACAGCUUUAAAAAGCAUCAUCAGAUAUAAAAAAAGGACAGGACAAAACGGACUUCAAGCACGAAAAAGAAAAGGGGGAAAAUCAGUCUAUACAAAUCGAAUUGACAUUUAAAUUGUAAUUGUAAUGCAAAAAAAAAAAACAAAAUACACGCACUCACACACACACACACAGAAAAGAAACCAAUUACCUAAAAUGAAUAGUAAUUAUGCAAAAGAAAAAACAAAAACAAUAUUUGAUUAAAUUUUGGGAUCUAUUUAUGUUAUAAGCAU